CGGUAGUUCUACGCGCUUUUCUUGAAAAUCACGAUAAUGGACAUACUCUCAAGGUUACUGGCUAGUUGUGAUGAUCCCUGCAUUGUCUGAAAAUAUGUUAGACCCGAACAUUUGUAUCAGAAAGCCUUUUGAUUUCGGAUAUCCUGUUUUGUGUGGAUCUUUAGGAUGGAAACAAGGAGAUGAAGAAGGAAAAUGGGCUCAGAAAGCUAUCGAAACAUUAAUAAAAAAGUUGAAGAAGCGAAAAGGUGUUUUAGAAAGGCUUCAGUACGCCCUACUUCACCCAAACGAGCCCAGUGAGUGUGUAACUAUCCCACGAUCGCUAGAUGGUAGAAUUCAGGUUUCUCAUCGAAAAGGAUUUCCACAUGUAAUAUACUGCAGGGUCUGGCGUUGGCCAGAUCUUCAGAGUCACCAUGAGUUAAGGCCUGUAGAGAAUUGUAAAUUACCAUUCAGUUCAAAAGAAACGGAAGUGUGUAUAAACCCAUAUCAUUAUACUCGCGUUGAUUAUCCUGGUAAGAUUUAGUUAUUUUUGCUAUUCAAAUUAGUCUUGCCCCCUGUAUUAGUGCCCAGACAUAACGAAUACCCGACAAUGGAGUCUACUAAAAAGGAGUCUCUAAGUGACGAAACAUGUGAUUCACACUGUUAUUCAGGUUAGUAUAUUUCCUUAGUUUUUUACAUUCAGAUUCACAUAACCUCAUUUUUUCCUAAUAUAUCUAGACCGUAAGGAGUACUAAGAAAAUGUGUUUGUCACGUUUUAUGGAUUUAUGAUACAUCCCGCAUCCAUGUAAAGGAUACUGCUAAUCUCCCGCAAAACAAUAGUUUCCACGCUGCUUUCAAGGAAUUUAUGCAAGCACCUUGUCUUACUCUUCAUUUCACCAACGUCAAAAUAUCCGGUCCUAUGUUUUAUUUUGCACUACCUUUUCAUCUGAGUAUGGAUUAUACGUUUCUGAUUCCAUGCCGUAAAUUAUCAGGAACCAAAAUAUUGGUGCAGUAUUGUAUAUUAUGAAUUAAAUUCACGUAUUGGUGAAGCAUACUUUGCCAGUAUACCCAGUAUCAUUGUCGAUGGCUUCACCAACCCAGGUCGGGAUAGUGGUCGGUUUUCCGUAGGAUUUCUAUCAAAUAUCAAUAGGAGCCUGGCUGUUGAAAAUGUCCGCAAACAAAUUGGAAAGGGUGUUCACUUGUUUACUUUUGGUGGUGAUGUUUACGCAGAAUGCUUAUCGGAUUGCAGUAUCUUCAUUCAAUCCCGCGAGUGCAAUGAACGUCAUCAUUUUCAUCCAACAACUGUGAUUAAAAUACCUCCAGGUGGAUGCUUACGCAUAUUUUCCAAUCGUCAAUUUGCUCAUAUUCUUAGUUAUACUAUAUCACGAGGUGUUGAAGCUACUUAUGAUCUUGUACGUAUGUGUACCAUACGAUUAAGUUUUGUUAAAGGUUGGGGUGCUGAAUACCAUCGACAGGACAUUACUUCUACACCAUGUUGGAUAGAAAUCCACUUGCGUGGUCCUUUCUUAUGGCUUGAUCGCGUUCUUCGUCAAAUGGGUCCAAGUAGAAGUCCAAUAUCCUCGGUUUCCUAACUCACAAAAGCUUUACUAUAUCAACCACUGUCAGUCAUUUCUUGUUUUAUUUUACUCUAUCAUACACAAACAUACCCUCAUCACCGUCCCGCUACACCCAUAUUGUGAUCAUUUAUUUGAGUGACAAAACUUUAUCAAUAUUUUAUUCACUCUGUGAUUAUGUGGUUAUUCAGUUCUAAUAUACCACUUACUCAUUGUCAAAUAAGUUUACCAAUUUUAUUGUUUUUGUAUACGCUUCCUCACCCUUCUUUUCUAAUUUCUAAACAGAUUAUCGUAUUGCGUUUUAUGCACUCACUUUCUACCUUAAACACCUAUGUAUUCACAUAUUGUGUUGUUUUUAUCCACCUAAUUUUUAAAUCAUAUUGAAGAAUCACUAAUUCUCGCCCUGUUAUUUUUACUAUUCCGAUAAUUUGUUGUAUGUAAUAUGUACCUUUACCGUGAUUACCUAUACUACACACUCUAUUUAGAUCACAUGUAUUCGCUUUUUUGCCUAUUAUCAUAGUAUUAACAUUAUUAUUAUUACCUGUCUGUGACUCUGACCCAACAACCAAGCGCCUAUUGACUUUCUUUAUAUUUUCAACUCUUUAACUGAAUAGAAUUUUCACCCUUUUUACGUACAUAUUUGCUCACAAAACAACUGUGUACAUGUGUGCUCUAAAUCUUGAUGAUAAUGUUGUGUUUUCAAAGUAUGUACCAAUAACAAGUAAAGUUAAAUA